CAAAACAAUGACAAAACUACAAAAGCCUUUUAGUACCUAUAUUUGGGACACUUUCAGGCAUCUGUUUCAUAUGUUAAAAACAUUAUACCAUAGACCAAUUACUAAGGAAAUGCUAAUAUUUUUUCUAACUAUCUUCCAUAACUGUUUUAGGCUUUCAAAUGUUCCCCAUGGACCAUCAGCCAAGUUUUUAGUCCAGAACAUUCACACGUUGGCUGAGUUGAAGAUGACUGGAAACUGUUUGAGAGGCUCUCGACCUGUUCUUUCUUUCGAUCCAAUUUUUGACCAGAAACCGCAUUAUGCUUUGCUGAAAGAGCUAUUUAUUCAGAUCUUUAGUACUCCACAGUAUCAUCCCAGGAGUCAGCCUUUUGUAGACCACGUUUUCACUUUCUCCAUCACAGAUGAGAGGAUCUGGUUUCGAAAUUAUCAGAUCAUAGAAGAAGAUGGAGCUCUUGUUGAAAUAGGGCCUCGUUUUGUCCUGAACCUAAUCAAAAUCUUCCAGGGCAGCUUUGGAGGACAAACCCUGUAUGAAAACCCUCAUUACCAGUCCCCAAAUAUGCAUCGUCGGGAAUUAAGACUGGCUCUAGUUGCUAAAUUUAGAGAAAAGCAAAACAUGAAACAGUUACAGAAAUUGAAGAGUAAAGAAGACCAAGCACUCAUUCCUAAAGAUCCCACUGAGGAAGUUUUUGAAACACCAGCUGAAGAAAAGCCAAUGGAGAUAGAACUGGUGAGGCCAGAACCAAAAAUGAGUUUGAAAAAGAAAAAGAAGAAAGUACACCAACGACAGAGGAAGUGCAACAGAAAGCUUGGCAGAAUUGGCAUACAGAAUUAGAACUUUGAAAAAAAAGAUGGAGAUUAAGUGGACUUUAUAGUACAGGAUCUAAUCAGUUACUUCACUAAUUUUCUAAUCAAGCAUGUUGUAAUCAUUUAUUGGCUGUUCUUAAAUAUUUUUACAUUUUUUUUUGCUUCUCUUGCUUUUUUUACUUAAAAAAGGAAGUUGAUAAUAGGUAUAACACAGAGUUAGAGAGAGCCAGUGGCUCUAGCAAUCUCUCUCAGGCCUACUUUGAAAAGAAAAGUAGCCCACUGGAACAAACAAAACCUCUCUUAACCCGCUGUUUGGAAAAAUAAACUCAACCAUAAAUCAACUGGACACUGAGAAAUCACCCACUCAGUUUCCAAUAGUUUAAUGACUGAAAUGCCUCCUCAGUUUGAAGACUAAUAGUUUAUGGAACUGGUAUGUUUUCCUGCAUUUUUUGCUGUAGAUGUCCUACAGUAAUUCCUAUUUGAAGAUUAAUGAUAACUCUUAAUCCUGUAUUAGAGGUUGUUUACUUCUUAUCAGUGAGGGAAAACUUUUUUGUUAUUAAUAGCUGGAGGUAAAAUUUCAUAUGUAUACAUAUACUCAACUAAGAUUCUUCAGUCUCAAAUGUAUUCCAUAGCAUUUACCAGUUUUGGACUGCACCCCAAUUGCUUUUUCAUUAAAAAAGAAAAGGAAAAGGACAAGAAUUACAGAUUAGGUUUAUACAGUAGGGGUUGGUUUGCUUUAGAAGUCAUUAUGCUUUGAAAUGCACAGGAGAACAGCAUUUUAAAGCAGUUCUUUUUUUUUCCUGCAUGAGUCUGAAAAAAUGUAAACUGAGUGAGAAUUGAAGAAACACAAACCUGCUUUAAGAAGUAAUGUGCUCCUUUGCAUUUCAAAUACCCCUUUCAAAUAAUUUUGAGCUAUGCACAAUCCUGUAAUACUUUACUGUUCUGAAACAAAUAACUAUCCUUAAUCUAUGCAUGUUUGUGCAAAUUUAUCCUGUUAGGUUAAAAACAGUAACAUUAUAUUAUAUUAUAUUAUAUAACAUUAUAUUAUAACACAGCUGGAAAGGACUCUGGUGAUUUUCUAGUCCAACCUUCUGCU